AUGAGGGAUGCAAUAGGAAGAGCAGCAGCAACAGCAGCAGCAACCUCGGCAGCCGCAGAAGAAGCAAACAACGGAAGCACCAACCCUACCAGCAGCAGCAGCAGCAGCUGUAGCAGCAGCACUAGCAGCAGCAGCAACAACUCCAGCGGCAGCAACAAACGCAGCGGCAGCAACAAGAGCAGCAGCAACACCGGCAGCAGCACCAACAGCAGCAACAACCGCAGCAGCAACAACAGGUGCAGCAACCGCAGCAGCAACAACAGGUGCAGCAACGCCAUAAAAGUUGCAGCAACAGCAGCGAGCGCAACAGAAGCAACAGCAACAGGAGCAGCAGCAGCAGCAACAGCAACAGGAGCAGCAGCAGCAGCAACAGCAACAGCAACAGCAACAGCAGCAGCAACAGCAACAGCAGCAGCAACAGCAACAGCAGCAGCAGCAGCAACAGCAGCAACAGCAACAGGAGCAGCAGCAGCAGCAACAGCAACAGCAACAGCAACAGCAGCAGCAACAGCAACAGCAGCAGCAGCAGAAACAGCAGCAGCAGCAGCAGCAUCACUCUCAGCAACAGCAGCAGCAGCAGCAACAGCAACAGCAGCAGCACCACCACCACCAUCACCAUCCAGCCUUCCCCCCCAACAGCAGCUGCAGCAGCACCAGCAGCAGCACCAGCAGCAGCACCAGCAGCAACACCAGCAGCAGCACCAGAAGCGCCAGCAACAGCAGCAACAGCAGCAACAGCAGCAACAGCAACAGCAUCAUCAUCAGCAGGAGGAGGAUGAAGAAGACUAA